AUGGCAAAAUCAAGCUCUAAGUUGUCUUACUUUCUCUUAGUUUUUGUAGUUACUUUGGCCAUUGGUCUAUUAUGUGAAGCCAUUGAUGAAGAAAGAAAGGUAUACAUCGUUUAUAUGGGAAGACUUCCCGAGGAUAAACAGUACUCAGCCAAUUCUCACCAUAUUAGCAUGCUCGAAUCUUUAGUGAAAGGGACGUUAAUUAGAAGUUAUACAAGAAGUUUUAAUGGUUUUGCUGCAAAUCUUACUCCUGAAGAAGCAAUAAAGUUGGAAAGCAUGGAUGAUGUUGUCUCCGUCUUUGAAAGCCUUCAAUACUAUACUCAAACAACAAGAUCGUGGGACUACAUAGGUUUCCCGAGAAACGUUCCUCGAAAUCCACAAGUCGAGAGUGAUAUCAUAAUCGGCUCCAUAGAUAGCGGUGUAGUACCAGACUCUAAGAGUUUCUCCGACGAAGGUUUAGACAUUGUUCCCAAGAAAUGGAAAGGUGCUUGUAUGGGCGGCACAGAUUUCCCUUGCAACAAGAAGUUGAUCGGAGCAAGGUACUACGGAUUUGAGGAUGCAUGGGAUAACGAUGGUCAUGGAACACACACGGCCUCCACAGCCGCAGGAAGAGAAGUUCCAAACACCAGUUUUUUUGGUAUAGCAAAUGGAACUGCUAGAGGAGCUGUACCAGCAGCCAGAAUAGCCGCAUACAAAGUAUGUGGAACCAGUAAUUGUGGUGGUCAAAAUAUCUUGGCCGCCUUCGAUGAUGCCAUUUCCGAUGGCGUCGACAUCAUCACUGUCUCAUUAGGAACCGAUACGGUAGUAAGCGUGAAUAGAGAUGUUAUUGCCAUGGGCUCCUUUCAUGCAAUGGAGAAGGGCAUUUUAACAGUACAAGCUGCGGGAAAUACAGGAGAACAAGGGUUAGGAUCAGUGGUAAGCAUUGCACCGUGGUUGUUCACCGUGGCUGCUAGCAGUGUAGAUAGAAAGAUCAUCAACAAGCUUGUCCUUGGAAAUAAUCGCACUUUCAUCAGUAAUGCAUUGAAUGGUUUUUCGACUAUCAACAACAACUUAAGUUUAGCUCAUGGAGGAACAACCCCCUUAAAGUGUGAUGAAUCUAGUGCGAGGAAAUGCAAGAGAGGCUGUGUAGAUCCUCUGAUGGUUUGGGGAAAGAUUAUAGUAUGUGAUACCGACGAUAAGUCAGGUGCUAUAGAAGUUGGGACCAAAGUAGGAGCAGCCGGGAUCAUUCUUUCAAAGGCCACGGUAAAGGAUCUUCCAUACAAUGUACCUUUGCCAGCCUCCAUUCUGAAUGACUCUGAUCUUCAAAGUGUUCUAUCUUAUGUCAAAUCCACAAGCUUGCCAACUGCAUACAUACAAAAAAGCGAGAUUGUUCUUCAAGAUGAAGUUCAUGCAGUAGCUAGUUUUUCUGGGAGAGGUCCCAAUCAAAUUUUCCCAGAAAUUUUCAAGCCUGAUAUAACUGCACCUGGCCUAAAUAUUCUAGCAGCAUAUUCUCCUCGCGGUCCAAUUUCAGACUACACUGAGUUCGACAAAAGAAGUUCCAACACCAGAAUCUUAUCGGGAACUUCUAUGUCAUGUCCUCAUGUUACUGGCGCGGCUGCUUAUGUGAAAUCAAUGCAUCCUGAUUGGUCUGCUUCUGCUAUUAAAUCUGCUCUUAUGACCACUGCUUACCCAAUGAAUGCAUCAUAUAAUGUUGAUGCUGAAUUUGGCUAUGGAGCUGGUCAAGUUAAUCCCUUAAGCGCUACAACUCCUGGACUUGUGUACGAGACAUUUCUAGACGAUUAUAUCAACAUGUUUUGCAAUUUAGGAGACGUAGGAGAAAGAUUGAGAAGAUUAUUUGGAAUACAAAAGAUUUGUCCAAAAGGAAACGAAACAUCUCCAAAGGAUCUCAAUUAUCCAUCCAUGACGGCCCGAAUACACGAAUCCUCAUCUUUCAACAUUCGGUUCCCAAGAGUAGUAACAAAUGUAGGGCAUCCUAACUCCACAUAUCAUUCAGAGAUCACCACUGGUAAUAGUGCAAUUCAUGUCAAAGUGGAGCCAAGUAUUCUCUCUUUUAAAAAAUUGAAGGAGACAAAAUCUUUUGUCGUUACAGUUAGUGGACAAUGGUCAAAACAAGACCACAUUUCUUGUUCCUUGGUAUGGAAUGAUGGAACUCAUAGAGUCAAAAGUCCCAUUAUCUUAUAUAGCGAUUCAUUGUAUGAUUAA